UUCUCUUUUAUACUUCACCGCUUUUCCGAUUCGUCAUCUACUACCCGCAGAAUAGCCUUCCUCCAGAGCUCUUCUCUAUCUGCCUCUCUUUUCUCCACAGGAUCAAAAUCCGAGCUCUGCCUUCAUGUUUCUUCAUCGGGUUUCAUCAACAUUACGUCUCUCAAGAAGAUUCUUUAGUAGUAAUAAUAGUCAUGAUCUUGGGAAGGGUAUUGCAGAGCUCAAUAAGGAAUUGGAAUUUGUUUUUGGUGAACCUCCUCCAUAUAGUCUUGGUAGUGCUAUUGACAACCAAUUUAUUGCUCAGGAUUCCCAGAUUGUAUCUCCAGAAACAGCAGAAAAUGAAUUUGGCUUGACUCACAUUGGCAACAGAGGUGAAGCCCAAAUGGUUGAUGUCUCUCACAAAGAGAGUAGCAAGAGAGUUGCCGUUGCUAGUUGCAAAGUAAUUUUAGGAAGGAAGGUGUUUGAUUUGGUUUCUGCCAACCAGAUGGCCAAGGGAGAUGUUCUCAGUGUGGCAAAGAUUGCAGGAAUAAUUGGAGCAAAGCAGACAAGCAACCUCAUCCCACUAUGCCACAACAUUAGCUUGACUCAUGUUCGUGUUGACCUAACUUUGAACUCACAGGAUUGUAGUGUUGAAGUAGAAGGGGAAGCUACUUCCACAGGAAAAACUGGGGUAGAGAUGGAAGCAAUGACAGCUGUGACCAUUGCAGGUCUAACAGUUUAUGAUAUGUGCAAGGCUGCUUCCAAGGAUAUCCAGAUUACAGAUGUGCGCCUUGAAUGCAAAGAAGGUGGGAAAAGUGGGGACUGGUAUAGGGAGAAAUGACGGAAAAGUGGGACUCUCAUCCAGGGACAAAUGAUGGUUAUUUUUUGGGAAAUGUAUAUCACUCCAUCUCAAUGUAUUGGAGGUUAGCACUUGGUACUUAUUCGCACAAUACAUAGGUUUAUAGUCUUCAAUCUUUUUUUCAUUGAAUUUGGAGGCAUAUAUCAGAAUGACUAUGAUCAUCUCAAAAAUGAAUGUUAAAAUUUCGUAGCAAGUUAUUUUUCUUGUU